CUUGCAACAUUUUCUUUCUUCCAAGGUCUAACCAAACAAAAUUACUCCUUAUUAAAGAAAUGAAAGUGCAUAAACAAAUUUUCUGCUAAUGUUUCACGUGCCUUGCACGUGUUCUUCGGAUGGUACUGCAGAAAGAUCACCGUGAAGCACAAUUUCCUGUGUGGGGUUUAGGGUUUAGAAAGUUGAAGAAAACCAAAGAAAUACAAACAUCACCACUCUCUCUCUCGCUCUAUAUGUCAUAUAUAUACAUAUCUGACAUACGGCAAUGUCUUUCCGACGAGCGGCGGCUGGUUUGCUGAGGAGACUCCGUUUUGAAUCUCAAACUGUCACUGCUACUUCUUACGGAAGAACACCCAAUGCAGGUAAAUUGAAAAUUUCCUGCCAUUAUCAUUCUGGACAAUAUACUAGGACGAGGCAACGUGUGGACCUUUGUCUGAAGAUUUUUCUUUCUGGGCAAGCUGCGCUCAUUCUUGGGAUAAAUGCCUGCCCUGUCUUGGCAGAAGAUGCUUCAAUUGAAUUAAGUUCUGAAAAUGAUUCAAGUGGGGCCAGCAUGACUGGCUUACGCAGAAUCGAGGAUGGUUCCGUGAUAUCAAAUAUACAUACGUCAAAGUGGAGGGUUUUCACGGAUACUGGAAGGGAUUUAUUCUUGCAGGGGAAGCUGGAGGAAGCUGAAAAAUUAUUCCUGUCCGCUUUACAAGAAGCUAAAGAAGGUUUUGGAGAAAGGGAUCCACAUGUUGCAUCAGCAUGCAACAAUCUGGCGGAGCUGUACAGAGUUAAAAGGGCAUUUGACAAAGCGGAACCAUUGUAUUUAGAUGCCAUUAAAAUACUUGAGGAAUCACUUGGACAAGAUGAUAUACGUGUUGGAGUUGCCCUUCACAACCUAGGUCAAUUCUACCUUGUACAGAGGAAAUUGGAAGACGCUCGUGUCUGCUAUGACCGAGCUUUAAAGAUAAAGAGGCGUGUUCUGGGACCUGUUCACUCAGACUAUGCAGAUACAAUGUAUCAUCUCGGAACAGUGCUUUAUCUACAAGGAAAAGAAAUGGAUUCUGAGGACCUUAUUAAAGAUUCUAUACGGAUUUUAGAGGAAGGCGGGCAAGGUGAAUCAAUCUUAUGCAUCAGGAGGCUACGGUAUCUUGCUCAGAUGUACAUCAAGUCCAAUCAACCUGCAGAGGCUGAAAAUGUACAGAGAAAGAUCCUGCAUAUUCUGGAAUUAUCAAAGGGAUGGAAUUCAUUGGACACUGUUAUUGCAGCUGAAGGCCUUGCCCUGAUCCUUCAAUCAAUAGGGAGGUUAAAUGAAGCUCAAGAAAUUCUAGAGAGAUGUCUCAAGGUCCGAAAAACCUUACUCCCUGAAGACCAUAUUCAGAUUGCUGCUAACAUUCUUCACAUAGCUAGGGUGAAAAUUCACAAUUCGGACAAACUAAGGAAGACAAAUGUUUCUGAAGCAAUUGCUGAGCUUGAAAAGGCAAAAGAUCUUUUAGGCAGAUCAAAAAGAAUCGCUGAGCAGGUUUUGGAUAAAUUCAUGAAGCAGAAGGGCAGCCAUAAAUAUAAUGCAGUACCUGGAGAAUCUGGGAAAAAUAACCAUGCAGCAUUUGUGAUACUGUUGCAAUCACUUAAAACACUUGGGUUGUUGGAGAUCAAGAAGCAAGAGUUACAGGAAUCAUGGAAGGAUCAUCCAAGUGGUCCCGAGGCCGAAAAUGCUUUUCAUCAAUGCAUUUCUGCUUUCAAAGAGUUUGGAAAUGAGAGGCCAAUGUCCAAUUCUCAUGAAGCAAAGGCCGAGUAUCUCUCUUGUUUGAAGCAUCUUUUGACUCUCUUCAACAACAGCCCAAUUGGUUCUUCACAGCUAUCUCGACGAUCCUUUUUGCAAGAAUUGAAAGAUGAAAUCAAGCGCGUUGAAGUAGAACUUCCUCCCAAGGAGAAGCAUGGAAAUUAAACUUACAGACAAGUGGUGGCGAAUCUGUUGCCCUGAGGCAGCUGUUUCCAGAUCCCAAGUUGCCUGCUUUUGAACUACACACGCAAAUGAACACUUGCAAAAUGGUGAUUAUUGCCAAUACCUUUCAGUGUUGGUCAAAUAAAUUAUACAAAUAUAGGAUUGUACAUUUUAUUUACUUUACUUAUUUCUGUGUCUUUCGUCAAUAUUGAUACUCCACACAAAAAUAAUAAAAUAAUAAUAAUAAUACACAAUUGUUUGGUCCUUUGUGAA